AUGGUCGCGACGACCCGUUCCAAGACACGGCUGGGCCUAGGCUCACGGCUGCAGCACAACAUGGAGACCCAUCCAUCCGAGGCAGAGCUCAUCACGUCCUUCCUCCGCCCCCGCGUCGUCGUCUCUGACGACAGCGACACGCCGUGCGCGUCGUUCGUCCAUGACGUGGACGUCUACUCCGCUGGCCCCGGCGAGCUCACGGGCAGGCUCGCUCCGGUGCUCGCGAGCAACGGCGACAGGGCGUGGUACUUCUUCUGCGCCGUGAGGGCAAAGAAGAGCGACGGGCAGCGCAAGGCGCGCAAGGUGCACACCGGGGAAGGGUGCUGGCACUCCGAGGCCGGCGCGAAGCCCGUGGUGGAGGGGCCCGGCCGGCUCCUAGUAGGGCACCGCCAGGCAUUCUCGUUCAUGACGAAGGUGAAAGGGCGGCGCGUCCGGUCGGGGUGGCUGAUGGUGGAGCUCAGCCUCGACGGCGCCGACGCCGACGAUGUGGUCCUCUGCAAGGUCUACUUCAGUCCGCGUGCGCGCGCCUCGCCGGCGGCGGCGUCCGGGCGCAAGGAGAGGAAGGCCGCCGCGGACGACAAGAAUCCGGCCAGUUCGGCACGCCGGCGCCGCGACCCUCCGGCCGACGACGCAGAGGCAGGCACGCCCACACCCGACAACGACGAAGACAGAGACAGCGCCCAGAGCCGCGGGCUCGCUGAUGAUGACAACUCAUCUACUACUGUGGCCGACGAUCCCGACGCGGUCGGACUGGGAACGGACGACUCAGCGUUCUCCUGGUGGAUGAGGAAUAGGGAUCGGUUAAUGGAGAAGUACAAGAUCGUCGACCGGCCAGACGAGGAGCUCCAGAAAACCCUCGACCUCGAUGAGUACCUGCGGCUACUGAGCCGUGAUCUCGAUCCCGCCGAUGCACUGCCGCGCGCCACGUCGUACAUGUGAUCACGCCAAGUUCAGCUGCUGUUGCCGUUAGGAUUUACGCUAGGCAAAAAAACAAAAAAAAAGGCAAUACAAUAAACAAUUUGUCUUAUAUAUGCAGUUACAUGCACUCAGCUCCUAUAAGCGUGGACG